AUGCGAGGUUACCAAGAUACGAAAUACGAAAAUACAAAAUACGAAGUACGAAUUACGAAGAUACGAGAAUACGAAAAUACAAGAUACGAAAAUACAAAAUACGAAAAUACGAAGAUACGAAGAUACGAAUUACGAAGAUACGAGAAUACGAAGAUACGAAGAUACGAAAAUACAAAAUACGAAGUACGAGAAUACGAAGAUACGAAAUACGAAAAUACAAAAUACGAAGUACGAAGAUACGAGAAUACGAAAAUACAAAAUACGAAGUACGAAAAUACAAAAUACGAAGUACGAAGAUACGAGAAUACGAAAAUACAAAAUACGAAGUACGAAGAUACGAAGAUACGAAAAUACGAAGAUACGAGAAUACGAAAAUACAGAAAUACGAGAAUACGAAAUACGGAAAUACGGAAACACGAAAAUACGCAAACACGAAACACGAAACACGAUUAA